AUGGACUCAACGUUAAAUAAUACACAAAAUGAUCCACCAUCUAAUCAAUUAUUAACAAAUUCAAUAAUAGAAGAAUCAAUUGUUAAUAAAAGAUUACGUGAUAAUUAUGAAAAAGAAAUUGAAUGUCUUCAAAAACAAUUAAUAAAUAUAAAUAAUUAUUCAUCAACUAUGAAUUCUGAAAACAAUAAUUCUUAUUCAUCAUUUUCACAAUGGUAUCUAUCAAAUGAACUUUCAAAUAAAUCUGAAGAACAUCAAGCUUUUAUUGAUCAUCUUAAACAAGAAUUUAUACGUAUUAAUACACUUGUAUCUGAAGCUAAUACAAUAUCUGAAGAAAUGCAACGACAAAUAAUCUAUAAUGUUAUUUUACAAAUACCUGUUUCAUAUUUAAAACCAAGUGAACGUUCUAUAAAUAAUUUAUGUGUACCAGCUAUACAAGUCAAACGAGGAGGAAAUUCAUUAACACAAAUAUGGGAUGUUGAAAAAUUUGAAUCUCAAUUAAAUCAUAUGAAAAAUCUUCAUACAAAAUGGAUAAUAGCUGACAAUAAGACAGAAUUUUUAACACAAGCAUUAAAACGAAAUAAUCCAUUUUUUGAUGAACAAUCGAACAGUUUUAUUGGUGUUGCAAAUAUUUAUCUGAAGGCUUUAUUUUAUGAUACAAAAAUUGAUUAUACUGUGCCAAUUUUUAAUACACAAGGAGAAACGUCUGGUUCCCUACAUGUUGUUAUGAGUCAAACAGGUUUAUCAUCAAUGAAAAAUUUUAGUGAAUUUCAAAUAAAUAGUACAGUAGACCACAGCAAUCAUGAUGAUAUUAAUGUUAAUAGUGAUGAAGCAAUUCUCAGUAAUAAUAGUGACAGUCAACAUAGUCUUGAAGAUGAAGGUAUUGGUGAUUUAUCAACAUUAUCAAAUAGUCAAAAUGAUGAAUUUGCAAUCAAAGAAAUACGAGAUUUACCACAAUCAAAUGCUGAAUAUGUUAUGUGUCGUUAUACAUUUAUAAAUCCAAAAUUAGAUCAAACAAUUUAUUCUCAACAAUCUUCUUCUAAUAAUGAUAAUGAACAAAAAUUACGUACAUUUUUAUUCAAUCAUGAAAAUGAAUAUAUAUUUCCAAUCAAUGAUCAAUUUUUUUCUACAUGUUUUGAAAGUGUUAUAUCAAUUGAAGUUUGGUAUCAAUAUAAUACAAAAUCAAAAGAUAUUAAUAUAAUAGAAAAUAAUGAACUUAAUCGACGUAAUAUUUUAAUUCAUGAAAUAAGUCAAUACUGGAAAGACGUGAAAAGACAUAUACAAUUUUCUGUUGAAAUUCAUGAAUUAGAUUCAUUAGGACAAUGGAAACCAGUUGAAGUUGAUGCACAAGAAAAAAUUAUUAGUGGUGGUAUUUAUCGAUUAAAACAGGGUCAUUCAAAACGUCUUGUAGUACAAUUACGAAUAAUUCCACGAUCAGAUCCAAUGCCAUUAGUAUUUAAUGAAAUACGAUCUGUUGAAAUUGGUUCAAUAACUACACGAAGAAUACAUGCACCAUGUCAAUUAGAUUCCUAUCAAGAUGAAGAUUUACAAUGUUUAAGAUCUACAUGGUUCAAUUAUAUUGAAAAACGUAAAAAUUAUCUUGAAUCUCAAAUAAAAUUCUUGAAUCAACAAACAAAUAAAACACCAACUGAUAUUCAUAGAGAAAAUAUUUUACUUGAAGAACUUUUACGUUUAGCUGAAGAACAUAAUAUUGCAUCAUUUCCACCAUCAAGUAGUGGAAUACCUGGUUGUCCAGCAGCUUGGGAUCCACCCCUAACGACUGAAAUACAUCGUCCAAUUAUAUUUCUAAAUCUUGAUCAUGCUGAUAUGAAUAAAUCACAUAAUAUAGCUGGUCAUCAAGCAGCAUUAAACGAAGAAAAUAAAACUCCAAUGGUUAAAUUAUCAUUAAUUCAACACGCAGCUGAUGAGGUUCGUGCUGUUGCUCAAUGGAAUCCAACAAUUCAUGAAUCAACUGCAAUGAAUCAAGUUACACCAAAUGAUACAAUUAUUUAUUUAAUUGUUAGAAUUAUUGUAAUAAUUUCUCAACCAAUUCAUAUGGAACUUGUUUUACGUAAACGUAUUGCUAUAACAAUUAAUAAAACAGAAGGAUGGUGGCCAGAAAAAACACUUAAAAAUUUUCUUGGUCAUAAAACACAUAAAGGAACAAGUGUUGUUUAUGAAAUUGUAUCGCAUAUACCGAAACAUCUUCAUGAUAUUGAAGAUCGUGAAAAGAUUGAUUCUAAAUGUUGUUCAGAUGAUUAUAUUGAAACAUAUAUUCAAUAUGGUUCAAUGAUUGAUUCAAUUUUAUUACGUGAUAAAUUAAGACAAGAAGUAUUAUUAGAAGAAAAAACAGCAAAACAACCAACAGUUCGCAAAGCAACAAGUGUACCAAAUAUUAUGCAUCAAAAAACAAAUACGAAUACAAGUAGUUCAUCAGCAAAUUCUCGACGAGAAAAUCUUGACAAUCAAAUUUUACAGCUUCCUAAUGAAACAAUACUAUCAUUGAGUCGUUCGGAAUUAAAUAGUUCAACACCAAGUAUGAUCUCACGUUCAUUAUUUAUUGAAGAAGAACAAUUACAAUCUAUACAAACAUCAACUUUUGAAAUAAAACAUACUAUCGAUUUAGAUGAUAAUGAUCAACAAGAAAGUCAAAUUCCACUUGAACAAAAAUAUAAUAUAUUAUCAAGUCCAUCUAGUGAAUCAUUAUCGAAAUCAAUCAUCAGUAAUAAUAAUAAUAAUAAUAAUAAUAAUAGUGAAGAUUAUAUAAUUGAUUCACGUGUGAUUAUAAACACCGGUCAUUCUAUACAUAAUAAAUCAGGUACCAUUCGUUUUAUUGGAGAAACUUCAAUCGGACCAGGUAUUUGGUAUGGCAUUGAACUUGAUGAACCAGUUGGAAAACAUAAUGGUACGUAUAAUGGACACCUGUAUUUUAAAUGUCGAGAUAAGCAUGGAAUAAUUGUUCGUCGUGAUAAAAUUCAACUUAUUAAUCAGAACUAA